AUGGGGCUGGACGUCUUAGCUGUUAGUGACAUUCGGAGGGAAUGCAUUUCAAUACACAUUGGCCAAGCAGGAGUGCAGAUGGGAGAUAUGUGUUGGGAGCUCUAUUGCCUAGAACACGGUGUGACGCCUAAUGGCACCAUGAAGAUUACAGACAGUCAGUCGAAUUCAAAUAACUGCCACAAUUCGUUCUUCUCUGAAAAUGAAGCCGGGAGGCACAGUCCGAGAGCCAUCAUGUUGGAUUUAGAACCUACGGUCAUAGACCAGGUGCGCAGUGGACAGUACAGGGAGCUGUACCACCCAGAGCAGCUGAUAUCCGGCAAGGAGGACGCAGCCAACAACUACGCCCGCGGCCACUACACAGUGGGCGCCGAGUUGAUCGACGCCGUGAUGGACCGCGUGCGCAAACUCUCGGAGCGCUGCGACGGCCUGCAGGGUUACAUCGUGUCGCAUUCGCUGGGCGGCGGCACCGGCUCUGGCUUCACGUCGCUGCUCAUGCAGCGGCUCGCCGACUCCUUCCGCAAGAAGACCAAGCUCGAAUUCGUCGUCUACCCAGCCCCGCAGGUAAAUGCGCAACGUGUCACACCAGUCUCGCGCGUCUGUAUCACCAUUAGGUACACGGAGACUCCCUAG